AUGGCCCAUAAGAACGAAAAAUUUAACUUCAAGGCUACAGAAAAAUCAAGGCUAUACCUUGAGAAUCAGUUCCGUGAUUUCGAAACAUCUGACAGUUAUCCCAUUGUACCCUAUAAAAAAUCGGGAAGGAUUCAGCUAAGUCCACCAGGCAUCCCUAAAUAUGUCUUACCCUCUGACCAAAUUGAACAAGUUCAGAGAUCAUUGGCAGCGUAUAAAUGCAAAGAGGAUAUUAUGAAAAAUAUAAACCAAUUCCGCACAAUUUUUAUAUAUGGAGAACCGGCUUCUGGCAAAUCUACACAAAUUCCACAAUUUAUUAUAGAGGAGGCGUCUCUUAGAAGAACACCCUGCAAGAUAAUAGUUAUCCAACCCAAUAAGAUUGCUGCCCAAAUUACAGCUGAGAGGGUAGCUUUCGAAAGAAACGAAGCUGUUGGUAUAUCUAUAGGAUAUCAUAUUGUACUUGAGCAACUGUAUGGUUGUCAUACAAAUGUGAUCUAUUGCACACCAUCGGUCUUUCUUCGAAAAUUGUGUGGUAAUUUGAAUGAUUUAAACAAUGUCACACACAUUAUAAUAGAUAAUUUCCAUGAAUACGACUACUUAUCAGAUUUUAUUUUAAUUGCUGUAAAAAGAUAUUUGCAAGAACGGAAUAUUAAAUUGAUCAUUCUUUCUGCCGAUUAUAACAACUGUAAACAAUUCGUGGAGAACUUCGAAAAAUCAGGAGUCUGCAUCCUCAAGCAUAUAACUUUGCCGACCCAAUGGAUAACACAAUCUUGUGCCGUGUUGAGAUCGAAAUUAGUCAGCGAUAGUAGUGGAUGUUGCUAUCGCUUAUAUACUAGACAAACAUUUAAAACAAUGGCCACGAUCAAUAGGGAGCAAAUUACAUUUGAUUGUCUACAAGAACUGUGUCUACAAACUAAAAUGUGGGCCCCUGAUAUCCCAAGGAUACAGAAAUUCCUCUCGUCAUUAAUAACAGCACCAUCAAGUUCGCUGAUUGGUAAGGCGAUAGAAAAACUACAACUUAUGGGAGCUUUAGACGAAAAGGAAAAUCUAACAAUCCUCGGAACUCAUUUGAGAGGACUCAGCAUGGAACCUCGUAUAGGAAAAAUGAUAAUAUCCUCGAUAGUAUUUAGAUGCGCCGACCCUAUUCUUACUAUAGCAGCAUUUUUGUCUCGAAAAUAUUUGCUGCAAUGGUAUUCCCAUGAAGUAGAUUUUAUAAAAGAAAACCGAAAGAAAUUGGUGGAAGGUUACAUGAGCUCUCACCUAUUUUAUGUUGAAAUUUUCAGAAAAUGGCAGGAAUCGAUUGCAAAUGGGUCUUUAUUGAGUUUUUGCCGAGAAUACGACGUGAACCAUGUAAUGAUGAAUUCUGUACUGACCACAAGAAAGAAUCUGGUCGGUGAAAUUCGUUCACUUGAAUUUUUCCCUCAGUCCAGCAAUCUCCAGAAAUUUAACCAAAACUCUAAUUCCUGGCCUUUAGUUAAGGCCGCACUUUGUACAGGCUUGUGUCCGAAUUUCGCAUAUCCCUACAGAGGAGCAUUUUGUACGGGCUUAAGGAACAACUUGAAAUUAUUGGAUGAUACAUGCCCUAAUCCACUAAUGGUAGUUUAUGAUGAUAUUAUCGAACGAGACAACGUGGGAUACUUAAUAGGAGUGACUGUUAUUACACCCAUGACUAUCAGUUUAUUAUCUAAAGGAGUUCUAGGGACAUAUAUUAAAAUAGAAUAUGGAUUUAUAUUUAAAGAACUCGCUAGGCUUAUCAACACUCUAUACCAGAAAGUUGUAACAAAUCCGCAGUGUCAUAACUUUUCAAGCAAUGACGACAUCAUUGUGGGUUGUUUGAAAGAAGUUCUCGAAAUCGAAGAACUGUCAGCCGAAUUAAAAAUUCCAGUUCGGAUUGGUCAACAACCAAGAUAUUUUUACCCUCAAACAACUAUUCGCAAUCAGUCACAGUGGUCGUACGACACCGCAUGUGCUCUACCGGCACAGGAAGAAAAGGAUAAUAAGAUGACUUUUUGCGAAAAUCAACAGGGCAAUGUUUUCACUACAAAUUGGUUACCGUAUUUCCAUAAUGUGGACAGUACUAAUAUUAUUUCCAAUAUUGCAAGCUUGUACAGAGGAAAUGACCUACAGUAUUUAAAAAAGCCAGAUCGAGCCCAAAAGUUAUCAAAAGUUUUUCUACUUAUAAAAGCCAAAGAGAGAUACAGUAUUAAUAUAGGACAUUCUACAUCAAGAUGGACAUUUUCACCACAGACUGAAAAGAAAAUUAUUCAAAUAAACUAUAAAAUGGCUCUAUUUUUUAAACGAGCCUGUUCUCAAGUUAUAAGACUUUCACAGUUAACAAACACAAAUGUAGCUUUUAAAAACAUACCCACUGUAUCACUUGUUUCUUCCGUACAUUAUUCGAACAAACCAACUCCUUAUGAAGUAGUAAACACAGAUGAGGAAAAAAGUGUUACAAAAGAAAUAAUAAGUAAAGUUAAUAAUUUAGUAACAAACAAAUCUCACGGAAGGCUCUUCGCAGUAGUUCACGUAGCUGGUAAGCAGUUCAAAAUAACAGAUGGAGAUGUUAUAGUGAUAGAAGGUUACUGGCCACCAGACGUUGGAGACAAAAUAACCCUAGACAAGGUAUUAUUAGCUGGAUCUGCCGAUUUUACCCUAAUAGGGAGACCUAUUGUAGAAAAUGGGUUAGUGAAAGUAGAAGCCACUGUUAUAGAAAAAACUUUAUCACAUACUAAAACCCAUUUCCGAAAGAAGAGAAGGAAACAGUACAUGAGAAUUCACUUCUACAGGAUUCCUCAGACCUAUUUAAGAAUUAAUCAGAUUAGUAUUGAAGAUGAAGUUAAUAACCCAAAAGAAAUUAGAGGCUUAGAAACUGCUGUAUUUUAA